AUGUACUCUUUACCUGUAACCCCAACUCCCUACACCAACGAGGCAGACACUGAAAGCCAACCACUGAUCAGCAGAACAACCAGACCGACAAGACUGUCGAGACAAGGGGUACCAGAUGCCAGCCGGGGGUUCCUCAUCAAUUUGGCCGUCAUUGACAUCGCUGUAUGCGCCCUGGCCAUGCCAUGUUUCUCACUCACCCUCCUGGAGGGGCGAUGGAUCUUCGAACCGGUCCUGUGCAAGAUAGUGGCUUUCUUGAAGACUGUGUCGCUCUUCGCUGGUGCGCUGUCUCUCUGCGUCAUUGCAGUGGACCGGUACCGCAAGCUUGGGUCGGGGCUGACGGCGGCCGCUCCCUUGCUGGGACAGGGAGGCUACAAGCUAGUGUGCUCGGUCAACUGGUUGUACAGUCCAUCGUACACGAUCUUUUGCUUCAUCUCGUUCGGAUUCAUCCCGGUCCUGUUCAUGUCUUACUGCUAUCUGAGCAUCACCCUGCACAUUCACCAGAGGAAGAAACGCUUGCAAAGGUCCAGAGCCUUCGCCGUUCGCUCCCUCACAGCCUGGGUAAACCCGGACAUUCAGGCGUUGUCCAGGACCCGUUCUAACCCCGGGCCACCGCCACCUUCCAAGAUCAACAGUAUUCACAUCACCCGGGAGGAGAUCGGCGUGCUCAAGACCAUGGUGGUGGUGGUGUUCUUCUUUUCCAUUGUGGCUAUUCCGUACAUCAUCAUGCGCCUGAUCUCCCUCUAG